AUGAUUAAACCAGUUCCAAUGAAUCGACUUAUUAAAUGUUGCUCUUUAUUGGCAGGUGAAAGUUCAGCUAUGGCUGCAUAUGUACAAGAAGGCAAACUUAUUCCACGUCGUUGUGAAAUUGGUCUCACCUCUAAUGAAAUUCAAUCUUUCGAAGAUGUUGGUUAUGUCAUGAGUGGUAGUCGUCAUCAUCGACGUAUGAAUGCAGUACGUAUUUGUAAAAAAAUCAAGUUAUUUUCUUUCCUCUUGACCGUAUAA